AUGGGUGAUGUUGAGAAAGGCAAGAAGGCUUUUGUUCAGAAAUGUGCCCAGUGCCACACUGUGGAAAAGGGAGGCAAGCACAAGACUGGACCAAAUCUCCAUGGUCUGUUCGGGCGGAAGACAGGUCAGGCCAUUGGGUUCUCCUACACAGACGCCAACAAGAACAAAGGCAUCACCUGGGGAGAGGACACUCUGAUGGAGUAUUUGGAGAAUCCCAAGAAAUACAUCCCUGGAACCAAAAUGAUCUUCGCUGGCAUUAAGAAGAAGAAUGAAAGGGCAGACUUGAUAGCUUAUCUCAAAAAAGCUACGAAUGAGUAAUAGCUGGCCACUGCCUUAUUUAUUAGAAAACAGCAAUGUCCUGUGACUUUUUUUAUGUGCGCCAUAAUUUAAUUCUCAUACACCAGAAUUCGGAUCAUGAAUGGCUGACAAAAUAUUUUUGUCCAACAGUCUAAUAUUGCCUUGUGUGGUUAAAUAGGAAAUUUUGGUAGUAAUUCCAGUUCAGUGAAUGCCCUCACUGUUUUCCCCUACUGAGGAUAUGAUUGGACUUACCUAACAAAACUUGUCAAUGCCAUCCCAAAACCUGUUGGGAGAUUGGAUUUAGAUUUAAAUGCUGGGGAAAUUGCCUCACUGUCUCAGAACUGAACAAGAUUCACUUGUUCUUUACCUACCUAAGGCAAGAGCUGAAGACAUUUGGAAACGUCUACUUCGUAUUUUUGGUCUUAGCUGUGGCAAUCUCAUUAGAAUUUCCUGUAUCUAAACUUCUGCCUUUUACUUACUGAAAGGCAUUUUAGUGUGGUUUAUGCAUAUCAAAUAAAGAAUAUUUAACACUUCUCA